UACAGUCGGUUUGACUUUGCCGGAGCUGUCAAGUGGGAAAAAGAAGAGAGACGAAUUAAUACCAUUCAGUGUCAGGAUGAGCAUCCACACUCUCCUGGUUCUGUACGGGAGUCAGACGGGAACAGCGCAGGACACGGCAGAGCGGAUCGGCCGUCAGGCGCAGAGGAGGCGGAUGAGAUUCAGAGUCGAAGCCCUGGACACUUACAAUGUGGCCAACCUGAUCUCAGAGUCUUUAGUAGUGUUUAUCUGCGCCACCACAGGACAGGGGGACCCUCCAGACAAUAUGAAGAAAUUCUGGAGAUUCCUGUUCAGGAAGGCAUUGCCUGCUGAUUCUCUUUGUCGACUUGACUGUGCUGUGCUGGGCCUUGGAGACUCCUCGUAUCCAAAGUUCAACUUUGUUGCGAAGAAGCUCCAUAAGCGUUUGCUUCAGCUUGGUGCUAAUAUGCUGCAGCCUGUUGGACUGGCUGAUGAUCAACAUGAUCUGGGGCCUGAUGGUGUGAUUGACCCCUGGUUGCUUUCGUUCUGGCAGAAAACCCUGUCUGUCUACCCUCCUCCUGCUGGCCUCGCUCCAAUCCGUGAGGAAGAAAAACUUCCACCCCGAUACGUUUUCCACUUCCUAGAUGAAGUCCCAGUUAAGCAGAUUGAGCAUCUCCAGACACCUGAUAAUAAGGCUCUUCCCACCUCGCUGCAGCCUUUUCCAGCUCGAGUCGUGUUCAAUCAGAGAGUGACUCAUCCCUCACACUUCCAGGAUGUCAGGCAUAUCGAGUUUGACAUUACAGGCUCCAACAUCCAGUACAAUGCAGGGGACGUUGUAAUGAUGAGACCCUGUAAUGCUGCAGAGGAUGUGGAGCAGUUCUGCCAACUAUUGAAGCUUGACCCGGAGUGCUACUUUACACUAACUUCCACUGACAGCAGCACAGCAGCAGUCCCUGUGCGUCUUCCUCAGCCCUGCUCCGUUCGCUUUCUGGUGGAACAGUUCCUGGACAUUUCUGCUGUUCCACGUCGUUCCUUCUUUGAGGUGUUGGCCACUUUUGCCACUAAUGAGCUGGAGCGUGAAAAACUUGUGGAGUUUAGCUCUGCUCCGGGUCAGGAUUCUCUUCACUCCUACUGCAACCGACCCCGCCGAACAGCCCUGGAGGUACUGACAGACUUCCCUCACACCACAGCUGAGUUAAGCAUUGACUACUUGUUGGAUCUUUUUCCAGAAAUUCAGCCUCGCUCCUUCUCCAUUGCCUCUUCUCUCUUGCAACACCCUGACCGAAUCCAGAUCUUGCUUGCUGUGGUGAAAUAUAAAACCCUGCUUUUGAAGCCACGCAAAGGCCUCUGCUCUUCCUGGCUGGCAUCUCUGGAGCCCUCGAAAGGAGAUGUUUACAUACCGCUGUGGGUGAAGAAGGGGAGUUUGAGAUUCCCUCACGACCCAGACUCCCCUGUGAUAAUGGUGGGACCAGGGACUGGUGUGGCUCCCUUCAGAUCUGCCAUACAGGAGAGGGCUGCUCAUGGGAAGAUGGCUAAUGUGCUAUUUUUUGGCUGUCGCUCUGAAUCAAAAGACUUCUACUGUCGAUCAGAAUGGGAGGAGAAGGUGCAUAGGGGCCACAUGAUCCUUGUCACAGCCUUCUCCAGAGAUCAGGAGGAUAAAAUCUACGUUCAGCAUCGCGUAAAGGAACAAAGCAAACUUUUAUGGGAUCUGAUAGCAAAGAAGAAUGCGUUCUUUUACAUAGCAGGAAAUGCCAAGCAGAUGCCCACAAGUGUAUGUGACGCGCUGAAAGAAGUAUUCCAGAAAGAGGGUGGGAUUUCUGAAAACCAGGCACACGAGAUGCUGGAUGCCAUGGAGAAAACCGGACGCUUUCAAAGUGAAACCUGGUCCUGAUCUCUCCAUUAAAUCCAUAGCCUUAAUAAACAAAAAAUAGCCUCAAGUGUGAAAAGUGAGUUGAACUGAGAUUAAAUGGUGUUGUAUAGUGCUUUGAUUCCAAACCUCAGUUGUGGUCCAACCACUUUCUUCGCCCAACAAGUUCCCCACUGCCUUUGACAAUGUAACUGGGACCUGUAAGCUUAACAGAAGUUACAAACAACACACUACCAGACCAUGAAUUUAAUUUGAUGUUAGCUGUAAUCUAGGCUGGGGUUACUGCUUUCAUUUUUAUUGUAUGGAUUUGACUUAUUGAAGGACAAAGUAAUAAAGACUUGGAAAAUUUA